GCAAACAUUUAACUCAUUAAUUGGGGGUGUGUGUAUAUGUUCCGGUCUCAAAAACUGAAAUCUUUAACUUUCAAUAGGACGAGUUUGGAGCUCCCCCUAGGGCAUAUCUGUAAGCUGAUUCCAUGGACGAUCUGACAGCUUACUAUAAUCCUCCAAUUCACCACCCAUACUACCAACCUCCACCCCCUCCUCCACCGCCGGGGGCGGCUCAUCCACCUCCUCCUACUGUGGUGGCUCAGCCACUUCACCACCACCAGCAGUAUCAACCCCAAUUCAUCACCUAUGCUCCCCCGGUCUACCCCCAGUCCUCGCAGGACCAGCUCCGCACGCUCUUUGUUGCAGGGCUUCCCGAAGAUGUUAAGCCUCGAGAGAUUUACAAUCUCUUCCGCGAAUUUCCUGGAUACGAGUCCUCUCAUCUUCGGCCCCCUACCUCGUCUAAUAACCAGCCUUUUGCUUUUGCAACUUUUGUGGAUCAACAAUCAGCAGUCUUGGCAUUACAUGCUUUGAAUGGGAUGGUAUUUGACCUUGAAAAGGGCUCUACCUUAUAUAUUGAUCUUGCAAAAUCUAAUUCCAGAACGAAGCGCUUGAGAGCAGAUGAUGACAGACCUGGUUCAGAAAAGAAGCUAAAAGGAUCUGCUGCUUUUUCUAGGGACUCUAAUCCUGCAGGUGUUGGCAGCGUUCACGUGCCUGGAAUGAGUAAUUCUGCUUACAACACGAUUGGUUAUUCAUCCACACAAAGUUAUGGAAACACUGGUGCCGGAGCAGUGAAGGACACUACUGCAAAAUCGAACAAUCCUCCAUGCCCCACACUCUUUGUGGCUAAUCUGGGUCCAACCUGCUCUGAACAAGAGCUGAUCCAAGUAUUUUCAAGAUGUCGUGGAUUUAUAAAAUUGAAGAUGCAGAGCACCUAUGGAGCUCCUGUUUCAUUUGUUGACUUUCAGGAUACUGCCAGUUCAACUGAAGCACUAAAUCAUCUACAAGGCACAAUUCUCUACUCCUCACCAUCUGGUGAGGGGAUGCGGCUGGAGUAUGCAAAGUCACGGAUGGGAAUGCGAAGUAAGAAGUCAAGGUGAAUGAAAAAUAUAUUUAAGCUAAAGAAAAGAGUUGAGCUACUCUCCAUCAGCAAUUGGUCAAGAAGCCAUCACUCAUGACAUCCACUCUCUGAAAUGUUUGUACCUUUUUUCAUCAAUGUAAGACCUUAAUGCGAAUUCCGGGGAUUGAUGAGCUUACCGAUUUCAUUUGUAUUUUAAAUUUUCUUUUAUGUUGUUCUGCUGUUUCUCUUUCCUGUUAUGUUGUCAUAGAUGUUAAGGAGAAAACACGUGGGUCGAGUUUGGCUGACAAAUAAUGGAAUUGAGAAAACACAGUUAAAAAUG